AUGCAAUUACAAACUACUCUCUUCAUUAUUCUUUUUGACUUGGUCGCAAUAUCAGAUAGCGUUUACACUGCCUUAUUACCUUACUUUUCGCCAGUGGCAAAAGACAAAGGAUUUACUGAGACUGAAAUUGGUAUCAUGCUUGCAUUUUAUCCUAUUGGAAGUGUGAUUGCUACGCCUUUUGUUUCUAUGUGUAGUUCCAAGAGGAAAGCAAUAUUAAUCGGUUUGAUACAGAGUUCUAUAGCAACAAUAGGAAUGGGGGUGUCUAAAUUUUCAGAAGGUGGCCUAUUUUUUGCGUUAUCCUGCAUUUUUCGAGUGAUCAUAGGAUCUGUACUAUAAUUUGUCUAUAUCAAUAGGGAGCAUCAUUUUUGCUGAUCCCCUCAUAUGCAGCAUUGCCUAUAUUAUUUAAAGAGGAUGUAACAUAAAAGAUUGCAGGAUUAGAGAUGGGUCAUUGCGCUGGUAGAAUAACAAGCACAGGGUUAUUCACAAUGAUAGCCUAGCUGAUUUCAUUCGAUACUUAUUAGCUUCCUUGUUAUGGAUUGGCAGCAAUCUAUGUGGUCAGUUUCCUGGUUACAUACAAAUAUUUUUAUCUACCUGAAGUACCAGAGGGAAUUUCUCCAAAGAAGAAACAGAAGGAAGCACACAAACCCGAAACCACUCGAAAUCAUCCCAUCACCAUAACUAAGUCCUAAACGAUUACUCCGAUCGAAGUUAUUGUUUAAAACGAUAAUUCUUUGAUUCAAUAGAAUGAAGAUUUAAAUUAAUCAUAGCAAUAACUCAAGCCUAAUGAAAUACUAAAUUAGUCAGUCUAAAAUGCAGAGGUUGUUGAAGCUUAGCUCUAACGACAUGACACAACUAUGCAAACUUUGGAAGUUCCACAAAUCAAUGGAAUGAGAAAGAGCAGUUCUAGUGGGGGAGAGGACCGAUCAUGUGAAGAGGACAGCCUUCAUGAUAAGAAGGCCAUUAACAAAUGGUAAACUUAGAUAAGAUCGAUUAUCCAACAAAGAAGGGAAGGCAAAUAGAUUGCUAUUCCAGAUUCUCCUAAGAUGAAUAAUAGUUAGAAGAUGAAUCAAAUAAGCCUCUUUGAAAGUGGUAACAAGAUGUAGAAUAGCACUCAGUUGGAGGUUCUUCAAGAAUAGGAAGAAAUUACAGAGGAUGAUGGUAAAUUAGAAGUCAAAGAUUAUGUCGAUAUUUUUAAAAACAAGUCAUUGCAAGUGACUUUCAUCUUUUUCUUUUGGCUUUCUGCUCUAGAAAAUGGAUUAAGACCCUUUUUGGUAAUUAACAUAAUUAUAUUUAUAGGCUAAUGA